ACUGUAUGGUGGCGUGGACUCGAAUGAUAUCAGGAAGGCAGUGAGUGUUCAUGUUACUGUAGCCAUGUUUGAUUUUGCCAACAUUCUAGUAGGGUGGGAGGGGGCUUGCAAAUGGGAGUCCCGAUUUUCCAAAUGGCUGGCCAAAGAGCUUUCUGGUAUUCUGUUUGGAUGCCCAAUUUGGAUAACUGGGGACCAAUAGCAGCAUUGUCUCUUUGUUUAACAGGAAUUGGCUGUGUGUGAAUUAUGCAUGGAAUUUUAGUGGUGGUAUAAUUAAAGUAAAAGUGUGUUCUUGUCUAGAAAAUGUUAUUCUUGGUUGUUUGCUGAUUUGAGAGUUGUGUGAACCAAAGAUUCUGAAAAGUAGCCUUUGUGCCAGUAAAUUGUAAACCACACAUUACAAACCUGAACGUUCAAAAUUGGCCUAGUUUAAUGAGACUAUAAACUCCUUUCUGUUGUGCAAUAGAAUGGCUUAGAAUAUUCAAAAGGAUGAGCUUAGUUUAUGGAAAGGAUGGAUUUAGUAGGAGUAUGGUAAGGAUUGAUUGGGUAAAAGGAAAGCAGGUCAAAAGUUUGUGUGAUUUCUUGGAGAACCUGAUUUAGGUCUGAUCAUUAUAACUUAGCAGCUUUACUGCAGUGCUGGUAACGUGUAGGACACGGAGAUUAAGGAGUCCAGCUUUUUACAAGGAAGGCUAGGUCAUGCACUUCUGUCAGCUUCCCCUUAGAAGGAUUAAUUUAAAAAAUCUUUUGACUUUUGUUACAUAAAUCAUAUCUUUAGUUUGUUCGUGAUUGUCAUUUAUAUUUACUGUUUUUUGUUUUCUUUUUCCCCUUUGCUCGUCUGACUGGUCUGUGGCUUCUUUCAAAGGGAUGUGCUGUUGUUGAAUUCAAGAUGGAGGAGAGCAUGAAAAAAGCUGCUGAAGUUCUAAACAAGCAUAGUCUGAGUGGAAGACCACUGAAAGUCAAAGAAGAUCCUGAUGGUGAACAUGCAAGGAGAGCAAUGCAAAAGGUGAUGGCUACGACUGGUGGGAUGGGUAUGGGACCAGGUGGCCCAGGAAUGAUUAAUAUCCCACCCAGUAUCCUAAAUAAUCCUAACAUCCCAAAUGAGAUUAUCCAUGCAUUACAGGCUGGAAGACUUGGAAGCACGGUUUUUGUAGCAAAUCUGGAUUAUAAAGUUGGCUGGAAGAAACUGAAGGAAGUAUUUAGUAUGGCUGGUGUGGUGGUCCGAGCAGACAUUCUAGAAGAUAAAGAUGGGAAAAGUCGUGGAAUAGGCACUGUGACUUUUGAACAAUCCAUUGAAGCCGUGCAAGCUAUAUCUAUGUUUAAUGGCCAGCUGCUGUUUGAUAGACCAAUGCAUGUCAAAAUGGAUGAGAGGGCCUUACCAAAGGGAGAUUUUUUCCCUCCUGAACGCCCACAGCAACUCCCCCAUGGACUUGGUGGUAUUGGCAUGGGGUUAGGACCUGGAGGGCAGCCAAUUGAUGCCAACCACCUGAACAAAGGCAUUGGAAUGGGAAACCUAGGGCCUGCAGGAAUGGGAAUGGAAGGCAUAGGAUUUGGAAUAAAUAAAAUUGGAGGCAUGGAAGGACCCUUUGGUGGUGGUAUGGAAAAUAUGGGGCGAUUUGGAUCUGGGAUGAACAUGGGCCGAAUAAAUGAAAUCCUAAGUAAUGCACUGAAGAGAGGAGAGAUCAUUGCAAAGCAGGGAGGAGGUGGAGCUGGAGGCAGUGUCCCUGGGAUCGAGAGGAUGGGCCCUGGCAUUGACCGCAUUGGCGGUGCUGGCAUGGAGCGCAUGGGCGCAGGCCUAGGCCAUGGCAUGGAUCGAGUGGGCUCUGAGAUUGAGCGUAUGGGCCUGGUCAUGGACCGCAUGGGCUCAGUUGAGCGCAUGGGCUCUGGCAUCGAGCGCAUGGGCCCCCUAGGCCUUGACCACAUGGCCUCCAGUAUUGAGCGCAUGGGCCAGACCAUGGAGCGCAUUGGCUCUGGUGUGGAGCGCAUGGGUGCCGGCAUGGGCUUCGGCCUGGAGCGUAUGGCCGCACCCAUUGACCGUGUGGGCCAAACCAUUGAGCGCAUGGGCUCUGGUGUAGAGCGCAUGGGCCCUGCCAUCGAGCGCAUGGGCCUGAGCAUGGAUCGCAUGGUGCCCACAGGCAUGGGGGCCGGCCUGGAGCGCAUGGGCCCUGUGAUGGAUCGUAUGGCCACUGGCCUGGAGCGCAUGGGCGCCAACAACCUGGAGCGCAUGGGCCUGGAGCGCAUGGGAGCCAACAGUCUUGAGCGCAUGGGCCUGGAGCGAAUGGGCGCCAACAGCCUGGAGCGAAUGGGCCCUGCCAUGGGCCCGGCAUUGGGCGCUGGCAUUGAGCGAAUGGGCCUGGCCAUGGGUGGCGCCGGCAGUGCUAGCUUUGACCGAGCCAUUGAGAUGGAGCGGGGCAACUUUGGAGGAAGCUUCGCAGGUUCCUUUGGCGGAGCUGGAGGCCAUGCACCUGGAGUAGCCAGGAAGGCCUGCCAGAUAUUUGUGAGAAAUCUCCCAUUUGAUUUUACAUGGAAGAUGCUAAAGGACAAAUUCAACGAAUGUGGUGAUCUGGACUGAGUGGAGCCCAGACUGAGGCUGAGCUCUGGGUUUGCCUGAUGCGUGUGGUCUCUUCUUCCCUCCUUGUGCCAGGCCACGUGCUGUACGCCGACAUCAAGAUGGAGAACGGAAAGUCCAAGGGGUGCGGUGUGG